AUGCCUUACUCCAGGAUUCUUACUCCGUCUACUUUCACUCUCAUCACUGCGAUGUCACUUGGUGGAGGUUACCUCAUGACAAAGUCGAGGCCAUCGGCAGAACUUCAGAGGGAUAGAAAUGAUGGCGAUUACAGCGUGACGGUAGACAGGUCAGGCGGUGGUAUAUAA